AACACCCUUAAAAUCAAAACAAAAACACGCGAUCGAUGCAACACUUUCUUCUCGACGGUUACGAGCAAGAAUGUUACACUUUUUGAGCGCUGAAAAAACUAUCAAAUUUACCAGAAAACUAAAAUAUAUUGUUGGGUUCCAUUCGGUGAAAACUUCCUCGAGAUGCUGCAGCACCAAACGAGUUCUAGAUUCGGCUUAUCAGCCGGCUCGAGUCGAAGCCGCCAACCGGAGGAACAUCGACGCCAGAAUCGCCCCGGUCGCUGAUGAUGCCCGAAACAAGAAGUUCAGCUUACUAUUGCCUCCACCGAACGUGACCGGGGAGCUCCACUUGGGACACGCCCUGACCUGUGCCAUCCAGGAUGUUUUGGUGCGAUGGAAGGAGAAGGAAGGUUUUGCGCCAGUGUGGAUUCCGGGAACGGAUCACGCCGGAAUCGCGACUCAGGUGGUGGUGGAGAAGAAACUCCAGAAGGAACGGGGGCUGGGAAGGCACGAUUUGGGGCGGGAGGAGUUUUUGAGGGAGAUAUGGAAGUGGAAAGCGGAAAAGGCUGGGAGGAUUGAGGAGGAUUUGAAGAGGAUGGGAUGCCGGAUGGAUUGGAACAGGGAAUACUUUACGAUGGAUGAACGACAGACGGAGGCGGUGAAGGAAGCGUUCGUACGGUUGUUCGAGAAGGGAAUGAUCUAUCGGGACAAGUCGCUGGUGAAUUGGUCGUGUUCCUUGGAAUCGGCGAUAUCGGACAUUGAAGUCGAGAAUGUGGAGAUUAAUGGUCCGACUCCGGUGGAUGUUCCCGGAUACAGCAGGAAGAUUACGUUUGGGGAAAUGGUCGACUUUGCGUACAAAGUGCAGGGAUCGUUUGAGGAGAUUGUGGUUUCCACAACGAGGCCGGAGACCAUGCUGGGAGAUGUCGCUGUAGCAGUUAAUCCAAAUGAUGGCCGUUACGAACACCUGAGGAAUAAGAGGACCAUGCUGUGGCACCCGGUUAGAAAGGAUGAAAUUCCGUUGAUAUUCGAUGAAAGUGUCGAUCUUGAGUUUGGCACUGGGGCUGUGAAGAUUACUCCGGCACACGAUCGAUACGAUUACGACAUGGCCAAGAAGCAUCGCCUUCAGCUCGUAGAAGUUAUCGAUAGCAAAGGGGCGAUUCUGGAGGAUUUCGGUACAUUUUCCAAGCUACCUCGGUACGAAGCGCGCGGGAAAAUCAUGGAUUAUCUAGCUCGUAACAAUCUGUUAAGAGGAACCAAACCGCACUCGAUGAUUCUUCCGGUUUGCUCUCGCUCGAAGGACGUCGUUGAGUUCCUGUUGCGGCCUCAGUGGUUCGUUCGAUGCGAAGAAAUGGCUCGGCGAGCAGUCGAAGCGGUCCAAUGUGGACAACUGAAGAUUGUGCCGAAUCACUUCGAAAAAGAUUGGUUCCGAUGGCUGGAAAAAUGUCACGAUUGGUGCAUUUCCCGUCAGCUUUGGUGGGGACAUCGAAUUCCGGCCUACGAGGUGAAAUCUGGAUCUGCGUCGAGUUGGAUUGCUGCGAAGAGCCUGGAAGAAGCCCAGCAGAAGGCUCAAUCGUUUCUAAAGACCGUUGAUUUUGAAGUCAUCCAAGAUUCGGAUGUCUUGGAUACGUGGUUCUCUUCAUCCUUGCUUCCGUUCUCGGCAUUGGGCUGGCCCCAAGAUUCUGCAGAUCUGAAACGUUAUUAUCCGCUGGAUCUAAUGGAGACAGGUCACGAUAUCCUGUUCUUCUGGGUUGCCCGAAUGGUAAUGCUAGGUCAAGAGCUUACGGGUCAACUGCCAUUCGGGAAGAUUCUGCUGCAUGGGAUCAUUUGUGACGAAAACGGAAGGAAAAUGUCCAAAAGCCUUGGAAACGUAAUUAAGCCGGAACAGGUCAUUAAAGGGACAUCACUCGAAAAGCUGAAUCAAGAAGUGGAAGCUGCACACAAGCAAGGAGUUUUGUCGGCUUCAGAGUUGAAGAAAUCGGUUUCCGGACAGAAGAAGAUGUUCCCCAACGGAAUUCCUGAGUGUGGUACAGAUGCACUAAGGUUCACUCUCUGUUCGAGCAACGUGAAGAAUCACUUCAUCAAUUUCAAUGUUCAAGAAUGCUACACAAACAAGCUAUUCUUCAACAAAAUAUGGCAAGCGACUCGCUAUACCCUGGGAAGCGCCGAAAAGUAUAACCCGGCAGGCCGCCUUCUAACCAAAGAGUCCCUAACGGAAAUGGAUCGAUGGAUUCUGAGUCGCCUGGGCAACACAAUCGCAACCUUCAAAAGUGCCUUGGAAGCCUACAACUUCCAUCUCGCCACCGCAGCUCUCAAAACUUUCUUCUACAACAAUUUCUGCGAUGUCUACUUAGAAUCCACCAAAGUCCUGAUGAACGAUCAGCACAAAUCCGCCGCCGCAAAUCACUGUCUAGUCCUGCAGCACUGCCUUUCGCUCGGAUUGCAUCACAUGGAUGUAUUCACCCCAUAUCUAGUGGCCGAAUUGAGGCCACAUCUCCCGCCACCCGACCUCGCCUUCCAACCCAACGACUGGAUCAAUCCUGCUCUAGAAUCCGACAUGGACCAGCUUCUUCAAAUAUGCCAAAGUGUUCGCCAGGCCAAAAGCGAAUCACCCACGCCGAUCGCCCGCAAACACGACCCAGUCCUGCACAUCCUUACCAAAUCGGACACGUUGGACGCGCUGCUUCAACGGCAUGUCGACAAUAUCCGACAGUUAACUCUCAAUUCCGGGGUGGUUCUACACCGUAAUGAAGCCCAGUUCAAUGCCCAAUCAUUCACAACCAAAUCGACUGCCAGUCACGUGUGUUCUUUCGGGAUCGUCACGAAUCUGGUGUCUUCGACAGCUAAGUCCCCUCCAGCAGGAUCCGGAAACAGCAAAAAGAUGGUCAAACUGGAGACGGAGUUGGAACGGUUGUUGGGUACGGUGAGCAACGAGGGCUACAAGAAAUCGGCAAGCGAAGCGGUCCAGAAGAAACAUGCCGAGCGGAUCAACCAACUGCGGAUACAGAUCGAAGACAUGCGAAGGAUUGUGAAUUAGGUUGUUAUAGCUUUACCGAGGUAGGUGCAAAUAUUAGUUAAUUGUUUUACUGAAUAA